AUGGCUCCUUCAGCGACUUCCCCUGCGAUAACCCUCGAGGCGGAGGACCACGCUCGCGAUGCCGCCUUUUUCAAGGCCCUUCACGGAGACUCUUCGGAUGCUCGAGGUGGCUUCAUGGCUAUGCGCAGCAAGGACAAAGAUGCCCAAAAGGCUGCUGUAGAAGAAUACUUCAAACACUGGGAUAACAAGCUUGCUGAGACCGAGACCGAGGAGGUUCGCAAGGCCAGAAGGGACGAAUACGCCACUUUGACAAGACAUUAUUAUAACCUGGCAACCGACUUGUACGAGUAUGGCUGGGGUACUUCCUUCCAUUUCUGUCGAUUCGCUGCCAAAGAGGGCUUCUAUCAGGCCAUCGCUCGCCAUGAACAUUACCUGGCCCUCAAGAUGGGCCUGCAAGAAAAUGCCUGUGUUCUGGAUGUCGGCUGUGGUGUUGGCGGGCCGGCUCGCGAAAUGAUCAAAUUCACAGGGUGUAACGUGGUUGGAUUGAACAACAACGAUUACCAGAUCGCAAGAUCUUUGCGAUAUGCACAAAAGGAGGGAUUGGCCGAUAAGUUCUCAGCGGUGAAGGGCGACUUCAUGCAGAUGUCGUUCCCGGAGAACAGUUUCGACGCAGUCUACGCCAUCGAAGCCACCGUACACGCACCGAGCCUACAGGGUGUGUAUGAGCAAAUAUUCCGGGUCCUCAAGCCUGGCGGCGUAUUUGGCGUCUACGAAUGGCUCAUGACAGACAAUUACGACAAUGACAACCCUAAGCACCGAGAGAUCCGACUUGGAAUUGAGCAAGGAGAUGGAAUCUCAAACAUGGUCAAGGUUUCUGAAGGGUUGGCAGCCAUCAAAGCAGCUGGAUUCGAACUUGAGCACCACGAAGACUUGGCGGAUCGACCCGACGCGACUCCUUGGUACUACCCUCUUGCCGGAGAUUGGCAAUACUGCACAAGCCUCGGGGACCUAUUUACCAUUGCCAGAAUGACCUGGUGGGGACGCGGAUUGGUGCACAAAUUUAUCGGUGUGGGUGAGAAGCUGAGACUGAUGCCUCAGGGAACACAGAAGACGGCUGACAGCCUUGCCCUCGCCGCCGAUUGUUUAGCAGAGGGUGGAAGACAGAAGCUGUUUACUCCGAUGUAUUUGAUGAUCGCACGGAAACCUGUCAAUGCCUGA